ACAGUAGAGUCCGUUGUUUUCACGAGAAAGAAAUCCUUAGUUCGAGUGAUUGAGAAAUUGCAGAAACAAUAACCAGUUAUAUAUUAUUAAGAUAGCUAGCAAUUUGCUGUUUUUCUGAUCGAGUCGCUUAAAAAGAGCGACUUGAUCUUGUCCAUUUAGAUUACUUUGUUAAAUUAGGUUGAAAGGGAUGCCGCCGCAGAUAGACUCCGACCGACGCCAGCAGUCUUUGGAUUUAAUCUCAUCGCAUUUAAUCGGAAAAAGCAGCUUCUGCAUAAAAUUAAAAGGCCUCAGAAUAACCCAUUCUCGACCGAGUUGUUUCCAAAGAUACUUAAUCUCAAGUUCAUAUUAAUAGUUCAGGUGCAAAUUGAAGACACAAGUGAAUAAUUAGCGAGGAGCUAACAGCUAACGCUAGCUGGGCAUCAACAAGAGCAGGUCGGUAACCUUCGAUAACCAAUUCGUGAAAAAGGUAGAUUCUCUGACGGUACAGCCGCCCACUUGCUUUGUGAAUCCUCAGCUUUCUCUCUGCAGUGAAAAGAUUUAUUGACAGCAAUGAAACUGUUGGAAAACUCCAGCUUUGAAGCCCUCAGCUCCAGGCUAUGUGUUGAAACAGGAGAGUCUCGCAUCCUUGGCAGGAUCGAGAGCUACUCCUGUAAGAUGGCAGGAGACGAUAAGCACAUGUUCAAGCAGUUCUGCCAAGAGGGGGAGCCCCAUGUCCUGGAGGCGCUUUCUCCCCCUCAGUCCACCAGCGCCACUAGCCCUUCCCAGCUGGGGAAGAGUGGUGAGGAUGGGGAGAACCCUCUGAGUGACAAGGUCUGCAGGAAGACUCUCUUCUACCUCAUCACCACGCUUAAUGAGUCCUUCAGGCCAGACUAUGACUUCAGCGCAGCACGUGCUCAUGAGUUUAGCCGAGAGCCCAGCCUCAACUGGGUCGCUAAUGCGGUAAACAGCAGCUUGUUCUCAGCUGUGGGCGAAGAGUUCAACUCUCUGGGGCCUGAGCUGUGGGAUGCCAUCGACCAGGAAAUAAACCUGCAGAGCUGUGACAUUUACAGCUACAACCCUGAUCUGGACUGUGACCCUUUUGGUGAGGAGGGCAGCCUCUGGUCCUUCAACUAUUUCUUUUAUAACAAGAAACUGAAGAGGAUUGUAUUCCUUACAUGCCGCUCUGUCAGCGUCCUGAGUGGCUAUGGCCGCUGUUGUCUCGACAAUGAGCUGGACAUGGAGCUGGAUGACGAGGAGGAAAUGGACGGCUUCACUGAGGACAGGUGCCCCAGAGCUCUUUGUGUGUAAAUCCUGGAUUUGUCCAACACAAAGGAUAUCUAAUUUUUCCCGCCUACUAUUCUUUGCUCCAUUUACUCAUUUUUAUUAUUAUUAUUUUUUUUUUUAUCUGUUGGAUUUUGCUGCCUCAUCCAGAGACAUUUCAUGCAUGUUUGACUGCUUUUGUUUUGACGGCAAGCAGUGUGCUGUGAGGUAGUGGACGUUUUGUAAAGACGCCCCAUGGCAACAUCAUGCUCUUUUACUAAACUCUCCAAGAUGUGAUUUUUUUUUUUUUAUUAUUUUUUCUUUUUCUGUUCGUUUCCAGUCCCGAACAGCACACACAUGGGCUCUUUUACAUGUGUUUCAAAAGACCUUUUGGGGAUCUGAGUAGAUGCUUCUCAUGUGGAUUUAUAGCCAGUGAAGGAAGGUAGCAAGCAUGAUAUGUUGCAAACAGAAUGACACAGCUGAGUCCAGAAAACACCAGCAGCAACUGACCAUGUGGGACUGAAAGGAGCCCACAAAUAUAGGAUGAGACUUGCUGAGGAGCAGAGAGCUCUUCUAUUCAAUGUGUGCUCUCCUUGUUUUGGUUUAUGUGUGACAGUAAUGUUACUGUGAGUUUUUUAUUUUCCAAAAUCCUUUUUGUUAUUAAAACGUGUUUUAUGGUAGCUUUUAAACACAAAUGCUUGUACCUUUUGGACAGGAGGGCGCAGCCAGGGUGAAAACUGGCACCUCAGUUGCAGCUUAGACAAACAUUGACUAUUGUACCGUUUUCAUUGUGCAUUUUUCGCCACCCACCCAUUCCUGAAUGCGUCUCCCUUGUGUUUUAAUUAGCUCAUUACCUCGUUAAAAAGCUUAACAGAAAAAUGAAUGUAGUACAGUUAGAGAAUGAAAACAUUACCGAAAAUCCUUCUUAGAAAACAAAGUUUCUUUUUGUUCAGUGGAAGGUGGCUGGAGUUCUGUGUCUUAUCAGCUCCUGUGCUUUGUUCCACAUUUUGCAAAUGUCAAUAAAUGUGAUGUUUUAUGAA